AUGGGAACUUUCAAUCAUAUUGUUGCUUCGUUUCAAACUCCAUUUUGGUUACAGGAAAAACGGUGGUUUCCUACUCGUGGCUAUGCAUUUAAGUCCCGGACACUUGAACUUCAUACUACUACAAUGCAUAUGCCUGAUACAGACAAUUUCUUCAAAGUUGAAAACUUAGCUGAAAGCAAUACAUAUUGUUUUGUUGGAGAACCACCAAAAUGUGAUAGGGAAAAGACAUUCGUUACACUCGAUCUUAGCGAUGAAGCCAUUGACAGCACUAUCGCUCAAUUUCUAUCGCAAGUACUGCAAACUGGCAAGACUCUUCGACAAUUAAGUCUAGAUGGAAAUAAAAUUGAAGAUGAUGGUGCACAACAUCUUGCAGCUGCUUUAUUAAGCAAUACAACACUUGUUUCACUUGAUCUUAGAAACAAUAAUCUCAGCGAUAUUGGUAUUGGCUUAAUAGCUGAUACAUUACGAAAGAAUACGACACUUUCAAGAAUAGAUCUAACUGGAAAUCCUAGUAAUCUCUGUACCGUAAUCACAAUAAUGCAACGCAUGAAAUGUGACAUGUCACUUAAUAAUCUAAAAGUGCAAGGAUGUCAAGUUGGAAAUAAAGGUUUACAGUAUUUGACUGAUAUUUUCCAAUAUAACAAGGCAAUUGUUACAACAAAUCUCGACAACAAUGAGAUUGAUGAUAAUGGAGUGAAACAUUUCGCUUAUGUUUUGAGAAAUAAUCCAGAGAGUAUCUUAUGGAUCAGAGACUCUUCUAUCUAUGAUAUGUUUUGUGGCAAGACACUCACUACACUGAGUCUUAGUUCUAAUCGAAUUUGUGACGAUGGAAUAAAACAUCUCGUCGAUGCAAUACAAAACAAUACAGUAUGUUUUCCCAUUACUCAGCUCUUGCUUUUAAUACAUCUUUCAAUAGUAAUAAAAAAAUACGUUCAAGAUGAUCGAUCAAUAACAAAUUUUAUUUAUGUGCAUAUGGUUGGUAUGUUUUUACAGACACUUGCUGCACUUGAUCUUGAAGGGAAUCAAAUUGAGGAUAGAGGACUCAAAUACCUUGCAGAUCUACUGCGAACGAAUAAGACACUUAUCACUAUGAGUCUGCAGAAAAAUCGAAUUGGUGUCAUUGAUGCAGAACAUCUCCGUGAAGCCUUGCAAAUGAAUACGAUGUUGCAAGAAUUGAGUCUUCGAAAUAAUCGAAUUCGUGAUAAAGGAAUGGAAUAUAUUGCCAAUGUUUUAAGAGAAAACAUGACACUCAAUACAUUGAAUCUCAGCAAGAACUCAAUUGGAAAUGAUGGAUUGAAACGUCUUGCUAAGGAUAACAUGACACUGAUCACAUUAAUUCUCUCCAAUAAUCUAAUUGGUGAUGACGGUGCGAAACAUCUUGCUGAAGCAAUACAAAAUAAUUCAAAACUCAUUACAUUAAAUUUGGAGAACAAUCGAAUUGGUGACGGUGGAGCACAAAAAAUCGUUACUGCUUUAAACAUCAACACAACGUUGUGCAACAUUUCUCUCAAUGGCAAUCCCACCUAUUUGUGA